AUUAUAUGCUAGCCUGUUACUGUGAUAUUGGGUAUUGAAUAUAGAGUUUUACACCACUUCAAGCCCGCGUCAUAUUCCGAUUAUUCGGCACGGUAGUUAUGUUGAACCACUCGCUGUAUCCUGAAAACUAUCGACAGAUAGGUGAAAGUUUCGUUAUGGAGUACUACGAUACCAUGCAGCGAGAUAGAAGCUCUCUCAAACUUUUUUAUCACAACCAAGCAAGGAUGACAUACGAAGGUGAUGUGUUAGUAGGUCAAGAUAAAAUUGGUGAAAAGUUUCUUUCACUUCCUGCUAAUAAAAUUCAGGUGGGUAUAACUAAUGUUGAUGUUCAUCCAAACGAAAAUUCUGUUCUUAUUUUUGUCUGUGGACAAGUUCAGGUAAGAAGUCAUACUUCUCUGACACCCUUUAAUUUGAUAAAUACACCCGGAACUGCAAUUGCAUUUUUUAGCUCGAUAUGUGUUACAAAAUGCUUAAACCAGUAGAAACUAUACAAGUAUAUGUUUGAAGUCUACAAAUAUUCAUAAUGGCCAGUUUCCCUCCUUUAAUGAACAUCAUGAGUACACUUAGCCUACACUGGGUCUGUGCACUAUACUUAUUCAUAAAUGUUUCAAACAUACCAUCAGCUCUAUUCCCACCGAAAAAAAUUAUAAUAGGGAUGAACGAUUUAUUUAACACAAGUUGGCCGGUUAUCAAAACUUUUCAAAACCAUGUCUUUCAAAACAGUCCAGUAUUAUGUUACUGAUAGAUAUCCCGUUUGAACUAAUCAAGGAUGUUACCCAAAGUAGAUCUCACAGUACUUGGGUUGAAGUUGACCUACUGAAAGUUUGGAGAAAAACACUAAGUAAAGCCAUCAAGUUCAUCGAGACCAAUAGUUAAGAAUCUUAAGUGUUAAAUGUUAUGAUCUUCGCUGCAUGUCUAAAUGUAGGUGUCCAUUAGAAUUAUGGUUUACAGUUAAUGGUUACAGUUAGCAGUUAGGUUUUGGGUUUUUCAUCACGAACUAACAUCAGAUAAAAUGCCAAAAAGCUAUUUAACCAAGUGGAUGGACAAUUUAGCGUCAAAGCUUGUUGUCAUAAGUCUUAUUGGUUCUUCUAUCAAUUAUAGCCUCACCGGUGUUCAUGUAACGAAAUAUCGUUCCUGUCACUAAUAUUUUUCCGAACUUCUGUCAGAAAUAUCAACAGUGGUUGAUCUAGGACUAGUGGUCAUUUGAUAGAAUUUCUCAUCCCUAACGUUCUCUUUUACAAGCCAUGUCCAUCAUCUAAACUAACUUCCUUACAAGUUCGUCGCUCUUUUACUGACAUCGGUUUUACGUCUUCACCGUUCUUAUUAAGCCUUUAAUUGGUAACUUGUUUGUAUUUUUCUAUGCCCUUUCAUCGUAACACUUAUAAACACCAAGUAGACAAGUUAUCGAUAAUUCAUACCCUUCUACUUUCAUAACCUCUUGUACCAUCUAAUUGGAGUUCAGAUCAAAUAUUGUGUAUCUGAAUCAGGUUUGCCUGUAUGCCUUAACAUCAUAUAUCUAGUUAGCUAAAUUUUGAAACUCGCGAUUGUGACUUAUCUUUUAAAGAGAUACUUUUUAUCUAGUUUUAGCAAAUCAAGUGUGGGAUGACUGAAGAGAAUAUUUAGGAUUUCUAUUCAACUUAUUCAGACAGCAUUUUUGUUUUCCGUCAUUGCCAAAUAAAUUCUAUAUGUACUUAGAUUUAUAUCCUAAAAGGUAUCUCAAAUAAGGUCUCAAUAAAUGGUCACCACGAACAAGACCGCAUACCAAUUUUAGAAAUGUCCUUAUGGUUUUCUGCUUCGUCUGGUUGUACUUGUUAGUUGAGUUUAACUUCCCACACAAUUGUUAUUAGAUAAGGUCUACGCUACAAGAACUUAAAAAUCAGUUAAGGUGCGUCUAAGUUUGAAAAUAUCUUAUACUCUCAAUAACUAUGUAUUUUUCAAUAUGAUUACUCGCAUUCCCCUGUACUAUCUUUUUUUAGUGUGAUGAAGAUCAGGUACUACCGUUUUGUGAAGUGUUUUUCCUUCGCAAAUUUAACCAUUGUUUUCUCAUCACCGAUUCUAUGUUUCGUUUGGGUUUGCAUAAUUUCUAACAUGUAUUCAACUAUCCUAAUACUUGUUAUAUUUGCAUGUGCUUGUUAGUCUAUCAUUGGUUCCCUGUUGCAACAGAAAAUUGAUCUCAUGGAUAAACUGUUGCAAGCAUAUAUUUAUUGUACUAUGAUGUUUGUAAACAAUAACUUUCUAUCUACUGCUUCUUAUUAUUUAUGUCAUGCAAACUUACUCGAAUACAGAAACACAUGAGAUUAGAUUUUCGGUCAGUCAGCUUUUGCUUCAGUUGGUCCAAAUUUUAUUACUACGUGCUUUUCAUCAAUCACAGCAGCAAAAGCAAGUUGACCACUAGUAGAUGUGCUGGUCUUGUACGUGUUUCCUCAGUGAAUCUCAGUUGCUUUAGAACUGUAUUUAGUCCGUCUAUCAACCAAAGGACGUGUUUACUGUACAGCAGUUCGUUCCGUCCUACUUCAUAGCAGUGAAACAUGACCGGUAAGAGUAGAAGAUAUUCGUAGGUUACUAGUAUUCGAUCAUAGGUGUCUUCGAAACAUUGCCCGUAUAUCAUGGGACCAUCGAGUAAGUAACACAGUUGCUAGGAAACGGGUACUAGGUAAGGAUGGCAAAUCAAUUGAUGAAGUAGUGAAACUUCAUCAGUUGAGAUGGCUGGGACACGUGUUACGUAUGCCCAACGACCGACUGCCUCGACGUGCUAUGUUCAGUGGUAUAGGAGUAGGUUGGAAGAAAGCUAGAGGCGGUCAAACCAAAACAUGGCACAAGUCCAUGAAGUCACUGACAAGUGAACUGAGUCAUGUUGGUAGGUGUAGACCGCGAGAUGAUAGCAACCGAUGGUUAGAGACCCUGAAUGACAAGGCUCAGAAUCGUUUGCAAUGGCGCAGGUGCAUACACUCUUUGUGUUCUGCCAAAUUCUAAUCUGAAUCCUCCGAUUUGACAUCGAUCUAUUCAUGGUAUAUAAAUGAGCAUUUCAGCGUGGAAAUCCUAUAGGUCCUUGUACGCUCAGCCUUCAUUAGUGGUAACUUCGGCUCAAACCAUUGAGAAACGCUGAUAGGUCUUCCGUAGCUAACGAUUCGUUUGAAAUAGUUUUCAGGGAAGAAAAAUCGAGCUCCAAUCACCGCAAGUCGAAAACGUGUGUGUAUUUUAGUGUUGUUAUUAAACUUCGAUUGUUAAUGAGGUUUAAAUAGCUUGUUUCAAAUGAUAGCUUUGUAAAUGUCUUGGGAUUAGUACCAUGCAUACGGUUCUAAAUAUUCGGAUGUAGUACGAAAGAGUUCUGAUUCCAGUGAGCAAGGCAGUGUGAAGAUUCGUAAGAAAAAUAAUGAAUUAGUUAACAAAUUUGCACCAUAUUUGUUUGGUCGACACUGAACCCAUAAGUUCCUACUGCAGAAUUCCAAAUGAUAUUUGGUUCUGAUAAGCAAAUGCACCUUGUUUCCAUGUCAAAAAUAAUGAAAACUUGAUUUAAUGUUUCUCAAAACCCUGGAUGGUAUAUUUCGCAAAACUAAUUCUUUGCCAGGGCAAUCUCCGAACGCCUAGCUAAUCGCCGAUUGAAAGUGGAUAUCAAAUAUUUGGCAUCUCAUUCACUUCAAUUUACAAAAGUCAAGAGAGUCCUACUCACUGCCUUCUCGUGGUUGGGGUGUUGUCUAUUAAAUCGAGAGGACAAAAAGCGAAUGUCUGGUUCCUUAACUGGGUUGGUGGGUAUGGGGACUCACGUAGGGGAUGGAGAACCGUAGUUCCAGAUCAAUGAUGCACAUUGUCUCCAGUACCCCGAGGGAACAAGUGGAGUGUGAACCUUUUGUUGGUCACUGACUGCCAUGGGGCUGUAUCUCCUGACGUCGCUCCACUGCCUUUCGGAUCAAGCCUUUUGUUCAAAGGCUUGGGGUGCCCCCGCCCCAUGAAAAUCUGCUAUCGGUUUGUGCAUCCGUGUGGUAUCUCAGCCCGCUCACAAAUUAAUGACAAUUAAAGUUAAACGUAACGUCUUUCACUGAAUAAAUCCUGGUUGUAUUUUUACUAACCAAAUUAUUUCUCCCUACGUUAUUACUAGUGGUAGUAUUUCGCUCAUGCACCAAUUUCUGUCCGAUGUUGUUUUUGUUAUACGCACUUUAUAUUAUCUAUCUCCACAACCUUAUUGUUAUCGUGUGGCGCAUAUGUAUUUGGUGCCUCCUUGUGCCAGUGUUUGUGUUCAAACAGAUAAAUAAUUGUUGGUGGAGAUGAGAGUUUCGUCAAACAUCUUUUCCGAUAUUUUUAUUUCUUACAUAUCCGCUUAUCAGUUAGUAAGUUAGUGUUGCCCUAGGUGCACCAUGGAGUUAUGUAAUAACAUUGUUGUAGUUGUGUGAACUUACCGCACUUGAAUAUAUACGUCAGUCUCAUCAAAAUACUUGCUGUUGCUUUUAUGCAUUCGGUUCCAGACUCCAUUUCAAUUUUAUGGGGGGAAAACGCACGUAAGGCUUGUCGUGUUUGACUCAGUCAUAGUACACACUUCCUAGUACCUGUUCAACCAUCCGUAUGUAGCAAGUGUAAAGAUUUACUCUCAACGGCCGCAUAACAUAGACGCAAGACACUUAGUUUAUCUUAUAUUAGACUUGUCCGGGCGAGUAUAAGUGAUCCGUGACUGACAAGAUGAGUAAUUCACUGGAAGUAAUUCUGUCCAUACUUGAGCUCCUCGUACAAUGUCUUCUGGGCAGGAUUUGAUAUCGGGAUCUCAUAGUGUAUAAAACCUUGUCUAUCAAAUAUAACUAGUAACUUUAAAUGAUUUAUGGAUGAUGGAGAUUGUUCGGAUACUAAAAGUUCGUUUUUGGUAGCGUUUGUCUUUCUUGUAAGGUAUCAACCUGCAUGGAACUGUUCCCGCUAAUACUAUCUAGCUGUCUUAUAAUGAGUCAUAUUAUUAGGAAAUUUGAAACUAGUAUCUAAAUAAACCCGACUAAAUCUUUGCAUGAGUAUCGUGUGUAUUUUUCUUGGAAAUUUACUAGCCUACAACCUCAAACCGCUUUUCAGAAGACACACUAGUUCGUCAGUAACGCUGAUGAGGACUUUUAGAACAUAAUAUCAGCCCCAAUAACUGCAGAUUAGUUAGAUCUCAUUUGUAUUUGACUCUUUUACCUUAGAUGUCCGACGUUAUGACGUUCUGCUCUUUACAAUAGCAACAAUCUUGGUACUGCCAGAUCGCUCUGCAUAUUAUAUCCAUGCUGGACAAAUGCUUGACCACUUUGUCAUAUAAAAUUCGAUGUAGCACUUGUAGGUUAUAAACCACUAUCACCCUUAUCGUUUCCCACUUUAAUGUAAUUGUGUACAUCACAGUUAAGCCAAGAAUAAUUGAUCGUAGGUUUGAGAGUAGAGUUAUUGAGUAAUGACCGAUAACCUGUGGUACAGAUAAGAUGUUGAUUUGUGUAUCAAGGGAUGAAUACACUGUUCAAGUUCUAAUCAGUGGAGUUUCUUUGAUAAUGGUAUGCAGGAAUCAUAGGUUAAAGUCCGUGCGCAACCCUCUCCUAAACUAAUAUAAAGUGUGUUUGUUAUUAGCAGAGAUUAUUAAAGUUGUAAUUAUUAAUGACCGAGCAUGUGGGUUUGAUUACUCAAAUUAUAUUAACACUUGAAAUGAAUUUAAUAAGGCAUCCGUCUGAAGUAUGGUAUUGAAUUAAGUCGUUUGUUAAUUUAGUAUAUACUUGAUAACUUAUCAUCAAAGUUACAGAAUAUAAAUACUAGUAGACACGGUUUACAAGGGAAAGUAACCAUUUUAAUCCAGUUUACUCAUCACUGCUUUUUCUGUUUUGAUAAUAUCGAAUUAGUUUAUACGAUGAAUUGAAUAGGAGGGUUACUUCCAACCACAAUCAUGCUGGGACUGUUAUAUGAUAGAUUCAAACCAUUUGUUGGGAUCCAGACACCCAUCAAUAAGAUAUUUUAGGAACUCGUCAAAGAUUUUCAUGUCAUCUCCGUGUAAAUUAAAAUCAAAAGGGUGUUUGAGGAUUUCAUCAUAAGUUUUAAAACUAUUCAUAGUUGUCCGCAAACCAACGCCGUCCAUUUGUCGACGUUUUUUAUAGUCAGUACCUGCAUUAAUUCUUUGAGAAUAAAUUAGUAUUAUAAUUAGAGUAAUUAGUAUUGAGUUAUUCAUAUUUCUUUUGAAAUAAAAAUUCCAAAUUUGAUACGUCUGAUAAAGAUUUGAAAAAAUGAGUUAUUAGUAGUGCCUCAUCACAUAUAUAUUUAUAAUGUUAGCAUAAAGGCGAG